UUCAUAACUCGAGCUAUCAAACAAAACAAAAAUGAUGAACUAUUUUAAUUAACAAAAGUGCAUAAUAACUUAACAAAACAAUAAUGAGGGGGAAAAAUCUUUUUCUUUUUUUUUUUACAAAAAGUAACGCAAAAAAACAUUCAUAAGUCGAGUUAAUAAACAAAACAAAAAUGCGGAAAUGCUUCAACAACUGUACUGAUAUCAAACGUCUUCGAGGGUGGUGACUCGCCCACUUUUAACAAAAAAUGAAUCUGUCAUUUGUUUCUGCCGUCUCUUAAGAACAUUUCUGAAGUGGUUCCGCACGACAUCAUUCAAAUUUUGGAGUGCUCUGCUACAUUCAGAUUUAUUAGGGUGAUGAAGUUCGAAUGAAAUUAUGGAUUUCAUCACACUUGGCACAGAUGGGUUUGAUGUCAACACUUGGGACAAACAACAGACACUACCGGGACACGUCUGCGUACCGAGGCUGCGUUAUACAGAAAACUCAAAUUUCGCUGAUUGCGCCGCACGCGUCAUGUUAUUUCCUGUUUUUUUUUCGGCGACGUGGGAAUUCACAUCAAAGCGCGUCGUGGGUCAUCUGGCCUGGCCAGGCGCAUUAUGUUAUUUAUGUUUUUUUUUUUCCCAGUGGCAUUCGAGUACGGAUUUUCGUUCGAAAACAGAAACAGACAAAAAAUCUUGAAAUUUUCAUGCGAAAACCGAUUUGUUCGAAAACGGGGACGUUUGAAAACCGAGGCUUUACUGUACUUCAUUUGAAGUGAAAAGUACAUUUUAACGCAACUGAGCUGACAACCAUCAUUUAAGGUGAGCUGGCUAUUUGUACAGUAGCCAAAACACCUUUAAGCAUGUAGGGCUAAUUUUCUUAACCAGGGUACACACAUCAGUUUGUUGUUUUUUUUUUAAACAAGUGAAGAAGUGGCAUGAAAACCAUUUAUUUUCCUAUUAAAUACGAGAGACCAAACGGAUAACUGAAAAUAAUCAUCACGUUUUAUCGUACUCCAGAUGAUAAACACAGUACACAACGGUUAAUGAUGUCUGUCAUAGUUCCAAUACUGAGCUGCAAAUGGCAGCACUGCUCCAUAAGACAGCAGGACUGCUGGAUAAUACAAAGAGGGAGAAGAAGUAGCAGAGGAACAACCAACUGAUCUAUUAAAAACAAAAACAACAACAAAAAACGACUGGAUAGCGCAUAAACAUCGAUUGGUUGAAGCCAGUUGGCCACCAUCUUGGUACUCCCAAACGUGUGGAGGACAUGGUUCACAGGUUGGAUUAUGGCGGGGUUUUUCUCAAAGUUUGGCAUGUAGAAUUAAAACUGGUCGUGUGAGCUUGAUGUUUUUUCAGUUCUUGAAACAUGAAGAAUUUUUAAUUCGACUGGGUAAGGCCAAAAAAAAAAAAAGCUAAGUGCAAAGGAAAGACAUAGAACACCGUGACUCGCAAGAAACCUUGCAUAUUACCUAGGGCCCGAUUUCUGUGACAUGCUAAUUUUUCCAAAAAUAUGAUGUGAAGCGCUAUCAUCAUAACAUAGCAAAAAACUUCGCAUUUUUUGUCAUAAAACAUAAAAUUUCAAGUCAAUCAAUUAGAUAUAUUUUUGGAAAUAAGGACUCGCAAUGGGAAAAUACAUGCUAAAUGCAUUCUUUAUUUGUCUCUGCAACGUUCUAUUUCACACAGAAAAUUUCAACUUGUUUCCUCGCAUUUGAAAAUAAAAUUCAGUCUGCAGAGUUCUGUAUUAUGAAAUUCAUCAAAAAUUUCAUUUGAAAACAUGUUUUCUUGCUUAUCCACUGGUGAGGUUUGGGAAAACACUGACCGCUUUUUCGUGAAAAACCGUCGGCCUGUAAAGGUGAAGCAGAGAGUGACCAGUGAAAAACAACAACCGUAAACAAAACUUUGUUCAAGUGAAUUAAGAUCAUCAGAAAAAAAAAAAAAACCUUUACAAACAAACUUUAACAAUGUCAUAGUAAAUCUUUCUAACUUACAUGUGGAAUGUUUUCUCACAGCCACGAAACUGACGAUUAACACAGUUAAUCGCCGCACAGGUCGGCAAGGUUGUUUUGGGAGUGUCAAGAUGGCGGAUAGAGACUUCAGUUUUGGUGGCCAAUGAGCCACCCAGUCUUUUUUUGUUUUUUGUUUUUUUUUAGAUCAGUGUAGAGAAACAACAACAAGGGAAGGAGGAGAAGUACAAGAAGAAGAAGUCAAAGCUCUCCCAGGUGUCCCAAACAUGUGGCCGUAAUUCUGACGACAAGACCACAAAGUUGACCAUCGACCCGCAGACUCGUCUGUUCGCUGCACACCCUUGUGUCUGAACACGGUGGUGAUUAUGGACGAUAUCUGUCAAGUGAAGCCCGACGAUGACUAGUCGAAACUUGUCGCACACCAGCUCGGGGACCUGAAGGUCUCCCCAUAAUUGGAGAUCCGGGGACUGGGUACUCCUUACUGAGCCCCACCUCAAUUCCUGGCUCCAUAGGAGUGGCAAGGUGGCCCAUGGCCGAGCCAGGGAAAACAAUGUCCAUUGAUUUUACUCAGCAAAUACUAGAAUACUACAGAUCUUCCAAUAUUUGUUACUGCUCUAUCCUUCUUUUCCUCGACAAGAGCUGCUCUAAAUUCCACGUUUUGUAGUCCACAGAAAUCCUCAGAGAACGCGCCGAGACUCCCUGCAGGCCCACCCGCUUUCACUCCUGGUACUUUUCUUUUUUGUUGUAGUCCUAAUUACAGCACAGAGUAAAGAGUAACCGACAGUAUCUUAGCUGGAAGAUGGCAUCGAGUGUCUGGGUUUCCACAAAUCGUGCUUGUGUCUUUCUUCAGCCACAGGCCGGUUCUCGAGACUUUUCAGAGCAUUUUAUGGCCUUUUCCGACUCAUUGCGCGUUUCUUCCUCUUCCAAGCCACUCUGCCAGGAUUCCAGGAAUGCUACUUGCUGUGGUCACCCACGAUACAUAAAUCUUUAACCAAAAAAAAGAGACUGACAUGAGCAGUAACACGCUUGACAGUGACCAAAAAUCAAUCAAUCAAUCAAUCAUCCUGAUUGCGACACAGCUCAAAGCCUUUGCGGGAUAUCGAUCGAGACUGCUGAUUUUUUAUUUUUUCUCCUCUGCAAGAAUUGCCGAGUGGCACUUUGCGGCCACAAGGUGUCUCCUCCUCCCCACCGGGAAGAAAAGUGGAGUCGAAUCGAACCUCAGAAUUUCAGAGCAAAAUGAACGUAAGCGCGUUUCUUCACGUGCAUACAAAGAGAAGGCCCAUGUGUCAAUUUUGUUCAUUUCAGAUGAAAAACUGUUCAAGGUGCGAAUGCGUCUUUGCUCUAUGUACCUUGCAAAUGGAACAUUUACUGAGGAAAAUCUUCCACACAAAAAUCAUUAAAUAGAUACAAUCCCAAGUCAGCACAUUUAGAGAAAUUCAACUAGUUGGCCUUAAAGGGGCCUUCCCAAAACUAUGCUAAAAAGUCAGAAGCAUCCAUUUGUCCACCAUGUCAAGACUUCCAUCCAUGAUUUCUGCAGAGUUGUCAAUGCUGUCCAUCGAAACCGAGAAUUGACAAAAAAAAAAAAUGCGACAUCUCAACAGAAUAUGCCCAAAAAUUGAUUUUUUUUUUUUUUUGUCUUUCCUGCAAGCGAUGCGCCUAGUACAAUGGUUUUCAGAUCAGCGUUCGAGCCCCUCCCCAAUCGUCGGCCCAAAUCCGCCCAAUCACCGGAUUUCGUCAACUCUCCGUGUUUUCCAGUCUGCCCUCGUCUCAUCCCACUCACACUCUCGCUGCCCCCAGCCCGGCGUCGACGGCCACCACUCCUCUCCACCACUCAGCACACUUUGUCAGUUUUUUUUUUUUUUUUUGGUGGAGUGGUUUCUGCAAGAAGAAAAAAAAAAAAAGAGUCCGCGCAACCCCGUUUGAUUUUGCAAACCCACGUCCACGUCCCACGCACAUCUUUGAAAACGAUCGCAGCCUUACCUUGCGAAGCUUCUUUGCAAACAUGUCGGGAGAAGACGCACCUGUUCAGCAGCAGAACGCCGUGGACCAGAAGCCCACCGAGGAGCCCAAGACCGAGUCGGAAACCGCGCCCGCCGGGGCUACCGACGCCCCGGCGGCUGCGGCGGACGCAGCUCCCCCGGCGGCGGCGACCACCGAGAAGGUCCCCGAGGAAGAGGCGUUCACGUACCGCUCCCUGGUCCUCACCGGCUACGGCGGCUACGACAAAGUCAAGCUGCAAGUGAAGAAGGGCAAGCCGACCCUCAAGGCGGGCGAGGUCCAGGUGCGAGUCAAGGCGUGCGGGCUCAACUUCGCCGACCUGAUGGCCCGCCAGGGGCUUUACGACCGGCUGCCGUCCCCGCCGGUCAGCCCCGGCAUGGAGUGCUCCGGCCUGGUGGAGGCUGUCGGCGAGGAGGUGACGGACAGAAAAGUGGGCGACAAGGUGAUGGUGCUGAGUCGCUUCGGGCUGUGGCAGGAGGUGGUGGCAGUGCCGGCCAACCACACCUUCCUGAUGCCCGACGGGAUGAGCUUCGAGGAGGCCGCCGCCCUGCCGGUCAACUACAUCACCGCGUACAUGAUGCUGUUUGAUUUCGGUCACCUGCGACCCAACCAGAGCGUCCUCAUCCACUCGGCUGCAGGCGGUGUGGGGACGGCGGCAACGCAACUCUGCAAGACGGUGAAGGAUGUCACCGUGUUCGGCACGGCGUCGGCCAGCAAGCACGAGGCCAUCGGGCAGGCCGGCGUCACGCAUCCUAUCGACUACCGCACCAAGGACUACGUGGAGGAGGUCCGCAAGAUCACUCCUAAAGGACUGGACAUUGUACUGGACCCUCUUGGAGGAUCGGACACCCACAAGGGCUACAACCUGCUUAAACCGAUGGGCAAACUCAUCACCUACGGUGCCGCUAACAUGCUAGCGGGGCAGAAGAAGAAUUUGCUGGCCGUGGCCAAGAAUUGGUACCACCAGUUCUCCAUCCACACGCUCAGCCUGAUCCAGAGCAACAAGUCGGUGUGCGGUUUCCACUUGGGCUACCUGGACGGUGAGACGGAGCUGAUCAGCCAGGCCAUGAACGCCAUCCUGGACCUCUACAAGGAAGGCAAGGUCAAGCCCUGCAUUGACUCCACCUGGCACCUGGAGCAGGUGGGCGACGCCAUGCGCAAGAUGCAGGAAAGGAACAACAUCGGCAAGGUGGUCCUGACCAUGGAGCCCAUGCCGGAGGAGGAGAAGAAGGAGGAGGCGCCGGCAGACAAGAAGAAGGACGACAAGAAGAAGGACGACAAGAAGAAAGACGACAAGAAGAAGGACGACGCCAAGAAAGAGGAGAAGAAGGACGACAAGAAGAAGGAGGAGCCCAAGAAGGAGGAGGAGGAGAAGAAGGAGGAGGCCAAGAAAGAAGACAAGUGAAAGGGGGGGGAUGGAGAUUGAUAGGAUGGAGCCGGUGGUGGGGGGUGGGCCGGGAGGAUGGCGACGACACCACCUCCCCCAGCCAUUCCUCCUUCCCGACCAAUUAAAAAAUUAAAAAAAAAAAAAAAAUCACCUCUUCACAUCGUGAUUUUUUUUUUCCUCCCCCCCUUCCACCGGUGGGUCGGCCAUCUCCACCUGCCCUCUCCUCACCAUAGCCACCACUUCCCACUGUGCUAAAUUGUUGUUACCUGCUCCCCCACCCCCUUUUUACUGUCAUCAGCCCUGCCCACAGACAGGCAAAAAGACGAUCGAGACGAACCGCGCCCUCCCUCCCUCCCGUUAUGUCACUCAGAUGAGUCAGCGAGCUCCGCGAUUGGCCGACACACGGCAUCAACAGGUUUCCUCUGCUAAUUAGAAAGAGCUUCACAGUUACUAAUAGUCCAAUAAAAAAAAGAGUCAGUAAGGUGAAUCGGGGAGUGGGAAAAAGAGGGGGCAUGAAGGGGGGGGGGCGUCUUUUUUCAACUGUCGACGGCCACAAGCUGAAAGAAGCACCCCCGCCGAGGCCGCCCUCUCGCUCUUUUUUAGCAAAGCCUGUCCGUCAAGUCGACUCUAAUCAAACGGGGUGGGGGUUCGAGUGCGAGGCUCCAACCCCCUCUCCUUCCUUCUCGUCGCGGUCGGCAUAGCAACAGGCGUCAGGCUUGUCAAAGGAUGGCACCCCUCCCCAACACGUAUCUCUUCCUUGUGUCCCAACAAUGUACCCCCCCACCCCCACUAACAAAUUCCUCUAUCCUAGUAUUAUUAUCCUAGUAUUUUUGGUGAUGAUCCGGGCCUUCCAGGAUAAUUUUUUUUAAUAAAAUCUUACAAUAAAUAAUGCCUCGCUACUAUUGACAAGCAACUGGGCGGAAGUUGUGGCUAAAUAGAGUGCACGGCGCUGCCUAGUGGUCGUAAGUAUAAAUUUUCCUCAGUGUCAUAUGAACAUGGGUAUUUUUAAAACUUUGCUGUGCGACUACCCGCCUAUUAAAAAUGACAUUUGCAUAAACAUAGGGAAGCUUUGCACGAUGUCAAAAGCUGAUUUCAUUAGGAUGUUUGCGCUAUAGAAAUCACUAUGAUCCUUUAAAUUUUGAACGCACUCAAAAGCAUGUAAUUGGGCAACAACAACAAAAAUAUCCUGAGUAAAAAUUGACAUAUUUUAGAGGAUCUUGAAGUCACUCAGUAGCGCCCCUGGAAAUUAAAAAAAUAAUAAUAAAUAUGAGACACCGACAACAGUUUCAAUGACGGACACAAAUUUAGGCGAGCCAUUGCGCAAUAGAAACGAGUUUUUCCAGUUACUAGAUUGUAUUUUUGAGAUUUUUAACCAACUGAGAAACUUGACAAAUUCUGCAAAAAUGUGUGUUUUAGGGGUCCAAAACACGACCGUCCGCACCAAAAGUCACUUUGUACUGCUCCCUGGAAAGCUACAAAAAAAAUUAAUUAGUUAGUUAUACUGCUUGACACAAAAUUGGGUGGGCAUGUGUGUCUCAAGACCCAAAAUUAAAAAAGGAAGUUGGCAAUCCUGGUAUAAAGUAUCCAUUGUGGGUGAAUUAAUUCCAAAGGCUCGUUCUUUGACGAACUACUGUGGAAUUGGUCCAAAUGGACCUCAAUUGGAAGGAGGUUUCCAAGACGAAUGGGCGACGCUAAAUUGUGAAGCUUUUUCUCCGUGUCAUGUGGGUGGAGGGUUGCGUCAAAGUCUGACGAUCAUUUAAGGAUUCACCACGAAAGCGGGCGAGCGAGGGCUGGGUCGUAAUUUUUGUUAACCUUACAUUCGGGCAUUUGACGACAUUCCCUUGAUGCAUUAUGAGGAAAGGUAACGAUCGACGAAUCGAUUGUUAUGAGAUGAUUGGGAGGAUUUUUUUUCCCCCCCUUGAAUGUUCUGAACUUCUGAUUCCACACCAGUGUCAGUGUCUUAUUGAGUGGGCGGACGCAACGCAACUUCCCAUAAGAUCGAGUCAAAAUUAAUUAUGAAUUCCACCCGAUCCAAAGAAUUGCUUGCUUUUAAUAUCCUGUUUUUCGUCAGUUGUUCUUGUGCCUUUUUCUGGCUAAAAUCUGCAUUUUUUUUUAAAAUACCCAAAUAUGUAACACGUGUCGUCCGUCCGCCUGCCUGCCUGUCUGUAAGCGUGGGCACCCCCUAGAUGGCGACUGGUGAAUUUGUUUAUAAAUGUAUAAAAAAAAUGUAUUGGAAUUUUUUUGUUUGUUUGUGUUAAGCAUGAGUGGCCUCCCUCAUGUGCUGUGUGCCAUGUUGUGUGUGAACGUGUGUGUGUGCACGUGUGUGUGUGUGUGUGUGUGUGUGCGUCCGUCCUCAGGUCUUCUGUACCCCAACCUAACAGAGCGCCCCCUGUCCCCCAACCGCCCCCUUUCCCUCCUUCAAGGCCAGAGUUAGGAGGUCAACCUGGUGUUUUUGUAUGUUUUGCACUCUGCUAGCUGAUCCUAAUGCACUUACAAGCAAGGCGAUCGCACCCCCCAGCGCCAUCCCCAGUGUAGUCCCCCCCCCCCAGAUUGUCUGUGGCGCCCCCUAGCGAGCUGGAGCGUGAGCAGAGCGCAGACGCGUAUGUCCAGUCCGCUCUGGUUCUGAUAAUGAUUCCCGUUAUUAUUCGUGUUCAGUUCUAAUCUGCUGGGCUCCCUUCGUGAACCUGUGCACGGUGCUUCUGUUCUGAGUGCCACGCGUGAUGAAACAAACGCUCCCACAAGGGAAAAAAAUACAAAAAUGACACCCCCCCCCCAAAAAAAAAAAUCAUAUGGUAUUUUGAUUAAUGUUGCUUUGGAGUGUCGGGGACCUUUUUAUUCCUAAAAUGUAUUUUUUUUUGUGUCCGAACCACGUGUGCCAAAUGACAAUGUAUUCCUCUUGUCAAUGCUUUCAAUUUACAGUGCAUACAAAAAAAUAUAUCUAUGUAUACAGUAUGAAAUGUGGUUUUGGAUGCAUUUUCAUCAUCCUCAGUAGACGAAGUUCACAGUUCGUCUCAGAAAUAUCCCAAAUAUGUGCACCGAGAGAUAUUUUUUCCCCCAUUUUCUCAAUUUUUGAUUGUGGGUUCGUCGCUCAAGCCCGUCGGCCCGCACUGUGCCUCCUCCUCAUCCUCCUCGUCCUCCUCCUGCUGCACACAGCUUACCUCAGUCCAUCCCUUAACAAAUAUCGCAACAUCCUUUUCACUGUGCUCUACCAGCUCGCGUACGUGGUCCCCGAGGUGACCCGUCCGACGUGUUUACAACCGCGUCACAGUGAGAGGCAGCUGGACGGGGUCCGAUUUUACACUUCGACGCCAAACGGACCCCGAUGUGGACGUUACAUUCUUGCGUUCUUUCUUAACUGCGUGAGCUAGUGCGGCGAGUGAGUGAGCAGAUGUCGCUUCAGACCCAGUGGGCCGCGGUUACGUGGGUCCGAAGCAGACGAGCCUUACGUCUGAUCCUGGUUCAACUCACAUCUGGAAAGGCGGACUUGACGCGUUCAUCUGUCGAUGUAGUACAAGACUGUGCGAAAAUGUCUUAAGACGCCUUUACGCCAUUUAUUAUUACCCGAUAUCCUCUGUUCACCAGUAUUGGAGUAGAGCAGUGGUUCUAAAACUUUCGAAACCAAGUCGGAGCUACAAGUAUAAACACUUUUGUAGACAAAAAACACUUUGGCCUACGUGUCUGGGCUCCUGUAUUUUAACAAAAGCCCACCAGACGUAGUAUUAUAGUUUUAUUACUCGAUCCAGGCAAGUCCAAGAAAAACAAUAUCAAGGGUUUGCAUUUGAAGAUUGAUAGCGAGAUUUUUUCCACACCCUUGUUCUUUGAAUUAUUCUCGAGACCCUUAAAACUUUAUGUGCGGCGUUUGGGAACGCUAACGCUUGCCCACCUAGCACGGCAAGCGGUGACAUAAAGUAUUUGAAUAUUAUUCUACGUCACGUAAUCUCUGAGGUAAUCUGCUCGUCUGUGGAUCCGCUCACCGCUUCGACAUUUCUGCGACAUCUUUAAACGGUUUCGCAGCGUUUCCAGACACUUAUGCAACAGGAGGAAACUUUCCGAGCAAACAUUGCGAUUCUGGAUUGGAUGUCACGUGUUCCUUUUCUGAGUGUGUGUGGCAAGGAAAGAGGGGAUGGUAAAAGAAAAAAUAAAAAUGCACUGAGACGACAAGCGUCCAGUCACAUUCCUUGUUGCGUUUUUUUUGUUUUGUUUUGUUUUGGGGGUAUCUAGAGCAGAUGCCGGCUUUCAUUUAGUGUGGUUUCUCAGGUCCUUCCAACAGUUUUUUGCUCGAGUUAUAGCACAAUUUGUCAUGUGCGCGUCCCGCCGACGGAAGCGUUCCCAAAUUCCACGUCCGAGCCUGCCGGCCAACCGAGCCAGGCGGCCUCAAUUCAAGUCAUUGGCUGAUCAUGUACAGUAGUAGGAUGCAUGUUUAGUUGGGAAAAAAAAAACAACAAAAAAAGUAACAAUGUGUGUAUGUUUUGUUAGUACAGCUUAGUUUAGUGCUCAUGUGGUCGUGUGGUGUGAAGAAGAAUGCCCGCUCAGUCACGUGUCAAGUUGCCAAAUGAAGCCUCCAGCAUGGGCAGCCACCGAACUCGGGGAAUGUGGUGCCACUCGUCCCUUGACCCCAAAACACACACCCCGCCCCCGCGGUCCCCCACAGGCUUCCCUGAAACGUGAUUUUCGUGCGUGUUGUGUAGCUUUGUUCGGCCCCACCCCCCCCAAAAAAAAAAACGAUGUCGCUCAACAAAACCACUUUCUUGUAUUUUUUUUUUUUGUGUGUUUUUUUCUGGAACCCUUUUUGAAUUGAUGCUGCUUCUUUCUGUGCUCGACUCCGGGUGGGCUCCGCAUGGGCCACAGCUUAACGUAAUGCUUCAGUGUGUAAUGUUACCAAAUGCCUUACAUGUUUUCCAGGACUAAUAAAAACAAGCAUAACAAGAAAUGU